AUGAAUCGGAUUCAAUCAAGAGUAUCAAACCCCCAAGAAACCGUCCGACGAUUCUGGGACCAAUUCAACUCCAAGUCUCCCGGAAAAGUCUUCACCGUCCUUCCCGAGAAUCCAUAUGCCCUGACCAAGCCCCCAGCCUCGGGCUUCAUCCAAGGCCAGGAUGUCGACAAGUCGUACGAAGAGGCGUGCAGGGAAUGCCGGCGCGCUGUGCUGUGCAUUUCUGUCGAGUGUGAGCGGGUGAAUCAGAAGUACACGGAUCCGCAUUUUAAUCUCGAGGUUGAUCUGAAGUCCAACACGCGGAAUUACCUGGAUGGGUUGGAGGAGAGGAAUGAUGAGAUGUUUCCCAAGGGUGUUAAGAGGGUUACUGAGAUCUUUGAAAACCCGCAGUUCUUCGUCAAUGGUCCCACGGCCGCAGAUGUACGCCAGGGUCGUGAUGGCGACUGCUGGGCCAUGGCUGCCCUGUCGACCAUGGGGAAUAAGAGGGGUCUUAUUGAGAAGAUAUGCGUGGCUCGCAAUGAGAAAGUCGGUGUUUACGGUUUCGUCUUCUAUCGAGAUGGUGAAUGGAAACACUGCAUUGUCGAUGACCAGCUGUACAUGCGAGCUGCCGAUUAUGACGAGUCAAUGGAUGAGCGCCCUGUAUGGGACGAUAUCAACCGGUCCAACGCAGAGGAAGAAUACCGCAAAGCCUUCCAGACGGGCUCGCGGGCUCUGUAUUUCGCUCAAUGCAAUGACGAGAAUGAAACGUGGCUGCCAUUGCUUGAAAAGGCCUAUGCAAAGGCUCAUGGUGAUUACUCUGCCAUUGAAGGUGGACUUGUAGGAGAGGCUGUGGAAGACUUCACCGGCGGCGUAACCUCAGAAGUACUGCUGAGCGACAUCUUAGACAAGGACAGGUUCUGGACCGAAGAACUCAUGAAAGUCAACAAGGAGUUUCUCUUCGGCUGUGGAACUGGUUUAUUUACAAACUGGCUCUAUCCUUCGUACAAGGGUCCCCCGAGGGAUAGACAGGGUAUUGCCGAGAAUCACUCCUACUCCAUUAUGGAGGCGAGAGAGGUCGAUGGCCAGCGUUUACUCCGGCUGAGGAACCCCUGGGGGAAGAAAGAAUGGAAGGGCGCGUGGAGCGAUGGCUCAGCGGAAUGGACGACGGAGUGGAUGGAGAAGUUGGGCCAUACAUUUGGCAACGAUGGGUUCUUUUGGAUCUCCUACGAGGAUUUCCUCAAGCGGUACCAGCAUCUCGAUAGAACGCGCCUGUUUGGAUCGGACUGGAGAGUUACUCAGCAUUGGACGACAUUGAAUGUUCCCUGGUCCGCUCGAUACCACAGCACCAGGUUCCUGAUCGAUAUCAAGAAGACUAGUCCUGUCGUGAUAGUCCUCUCGCAGCUGGAUACGCGGUACUUCAAAGGACUGGCCGGAGAGUAUAACUUCUACCUGAAAUUCCGAGUCCAAAAAGAAGGCCAGAAAGGAUACCUCCUUCGCAGCCAGACCAGCUAUCUGAUGGCUCGGUCUGUAAAUGCCGAGAUCACCCUUGAACCAGGACGCUACUACGUUCUCAUGAAGGUCAUCGCGCACCGAAACGAGGGCAGACCGACUGAAGACAUCGUGCGGGAGUACGCGUUAACAAAACGGCAUAAGCUUUUCCAGAUCGGAUUGUCGUAUGACCUCGCACAUCUAAAGGGGUUGAAUGCGGAGACCGACAAGGAGAAGCGAGAUCGUGAAGAGCACGAGGGCAGUCGGAAGGAAGCUGAAAGGAACAAGCUACGUGAUGAUAUCAAGCGGCAGAUGCAGAAAGAGUGGAUCGUGGAGCGGAAACGCGCAGCUCGACAGCGAAGACAUGCAGAUAUCCUGGCCGGAAGACUUCCUUCGUUCAGAAGUAAUGGACUGGACGGAGAUUCCACACAGCAGCAAGCGAAUGGUAAUGGUAACGGUGUGCAGUCGGCCAUGAACGGCAACGGCACCAACGGCGUUCGUAAACGUCGACUUACCCUUCAAACAGACAGCUCCUUCAGCUCCAAGCGCAUCAGGCUCGGAUUCGAAAGGAGCCGUCCCUCAUUGGACACCCGUCUCGCAACGAACUGUCUUGACAGCGAGGACGAGGAGCUACUAGAAGGGUUUGAAUUUGAUUCAGAUAUCGACAUGCCCCCGGACAAUCCUGGACAGAGCCUCCCACCAGGCCCAUCCGGUGAGAUCCAAGAGACCCAUGACACCCUGUGGAACGCUAUCUGCGUCGUCGGGUUGAGGGUCUAUUCUAAGGAUCCACAGCUGUCUCUGCAGGUGGUUCACACUGCCGAGCAGGACGAUGGUAUCGAGGCUGAGCUGGACAUGGACGAUCCGGCUGCGACGGCGACGAGUGAGUUUGCGCCGUGGAGUCGUCGGGGGUUUGGAUGA